AUGGACGACCCCGCGGCGCCCGGGCCCGCCGGCUCACCCGCUAAUGACAGCGGCAACAAUGGCAACAACGGCAACGGCGGCAAAGGGAAACUGGGUGCGCCCAAGGGCCGGGAAGCGUUCCGCAGCCAGCGGCGGGAGUCGGAGGGCUCUGUGGACUGCCCUACUCUGGAAUUUGAAUAUGGAGAUGCAGAUGGGCAUGCAGCAGAGCUGUCAGAACUAUACAGCUACACAGAGAACCUGGAGUUCACCGCGAACAGGAGGUGCUUUGAAGAGGAUUUCAGAGCUCAAGUGCAAGACGCUAAGGAAUGGCUGGAGUUAGAAGAAGAUGCCCAAAAGACCUAUGUGAUGGGACUUCUGGACCGACUGGAGGUGGUCAGUAGGGAACAACGGCUCAAGGUGGCCCGGGCUGUUCUCUAUCUAGCCCAAGGUACUUUUGGGGAAUGUGACUCAGAGGUCGAUGUCCUACACUGGUCCAGAUACAACUGCUUCCUGCUCUAUCAGAUGGGGACCUUCUCGGCCUUCCUGGAGCUCCUCCACAUAGAAAUCGACAACAGCCAGGCCUCUAGUAGUGCCCUUCGGAAACCAGCUGUCUCCAUUGCUGACAGCACUGAGCUCAGGGUGCUGCUGAGUGUCAUGUACCUAAUGGUGGAAAAUAUCCGCCUGGAACGAGAAAUAGACCCCCGUGGGUGGAGGACAGCCCGAGAGACUUUCCGAACUGAACUAAGCUUUUCCACGCAUAACGAAGAGCCUUUUGCCCUCCUGCUCUUUUCCAUGGUUACCAAAUUCUGCAGUGGCAUGGCCCCUCAUUUCCCAAUAAAGAAGGUUCUGCUUCUGCUCUGGAAGGUGGUUAUGUUUACACUUGGUGGAUUUGAGCAUCUGCAGGCUCUCAAAAUACAGAAGCGUGCAGAGUUGGGCCUGCCUCCACUUGCUGAGGACAGUAUCCAGGUCGUAAAGAGCAUGCGUGCUGCCUCCCCGCCUUCUUAUACUCUUGAUCUGGGGGAGUCUCAGCUGGCCCCUCCACCCUCCAAGCUGCGGGGCCGCCGUGGUUCUCGAAGGCAACUCCUCACCAAGCAAGACAGCCUGGACAUCUACAAUGAAAGGGAUCUCUUCAAGACUGAGGAACCAGCCACAGAGGAAGAAGAGGAGCCUGCAGGUGAUGGAGAACGAGCCUUGGAUGGAGAGUUAGACCUACUGGAACAGGACCCUCUGGUGCCACCUCCACCCUCACAGACACCUCUCUCUACUGACCGGGUAGCCUUUCCCAAGGGCCUUCCCUGGGCCCCAAAGGUCAGACAGAAGGACAUUGAACACUUCUUGGAGAUAAGCAGAAAUAAGUUCAUUGGAUUCACCCUUGGGCAGGACACAGAUACCUUGGUUGGACUACCUCGACCCAUCCACGAGAGUGUGAAGACUCUAAAGCAGCACAAGUAUAUCUCCAUCGCAGAUAUACAGAUCAAGAAUGAAGAGGAACUGGAGAAAUGCCCCAUGUCUUUGGGAGAAGAGGUGGUACCAGAAACACCAUGUGAAAUCCUCUACCAGGGCAUGCUGUACAGCCUCCCUCAGUACAUGAUUGCUCUGCUUAAGAUUCUGCUGGCUGCAGCCCCCACCUCCAAGGCUAAGACAGACUCUAUCAAUAUCCUAGCAGAUGUCCUGCCUGAAGAGAUGCCCAUAACUGUUCUCCAGAGCAUGAAGCUGGGCAUUGACGUGAACAGGCACAAGGAGAUCAUCGUAAAGAGUAUCUCUGCCCUGCUCCUUCUACUUCUCAAACACUUCAAACUCAACCAUAUCUACCAGUUUGAAUAUGUGUCACAACAUUUAGUGUUUGCCAACUGCAUCCCCUUGAUCCUGAAGUUCUUCAAUCAAAAUAUCCUGUCCUAUAUCACUGCCAAAAACAGCAUCUCGGUGCUGGAUUACCCAUGCUGUACCAUCCAGGAUUUGCCGGAACUUACUACCGAAAGUCUGGAAGCUGGAGACAAUAGCCAGUUCUGCUGGAGGAACCUCUUCUCCUGCAUCAACCUCCUGAGACUGCUCAACAAACUGACCAAAUGGAAGCACUCCAGGACGAUGAUGCUGGUGGUGUUUAAAUCAGCUCCAAUUUUAAAGAGAGCCCUCAAAGUCAAACAGGCCAUGCUACAACUUUAUGUCUUGAAGCUACUAAAAAUACAAACCAAGUACCUUGGGCGCCAGUGGAGGAAAAGCAAUAUGAAGACUAUGUCAGCCAUUUACCAGAAAGUACGCCACCGCAUGAAUGAUGACUGGGCUUAUGGGAAUGACAUCGAUGCCAGGCCAUGGGACUUCCAAGCAGAAGAGUGUACCCUGAGGGCCAACAUUGAGGCUUUUAACAGCCGCCGGUAUGAUAAACCACAGGACUCAGAAUUUUCACCUGUGGAUAACUGCUUACAGAGUGUGCUGGGGCAGAGGCUGGAUCUGCCUGAAGAUUUCCACUAUUCCUAUGAGCUCUGGCUGGAGAGAGAGGUGUUUUCACAGCCCAUCUGUUGGGAGGAGCUGCUCCAGAAUCACUAAGUUCUUGUCACAAAGCAUCUCAUAGAUGGAGGUUGGCUCUAAUAAGUAUGCUUUGCCUAUCUUGCCCCUCCAAACUUCAUAUUGAACUCUAGCAUAUAUCCAUGGGCAUCACAGCCCAACAUCCAGCAGAG